GACUUCUUUGGGUUUCUUUGUUGAUACACGAUUGGGGUAAGCAUGGAAGCGAUUGCUUCUAGCGACAAGUAUGAACACACUCUAGCCGGUGUGAUGUAUGUAGUAAAUAAUAUACCGGGGCCUGGUAUAGAUGUAGUAGAUUUCGAAUCGGAAUAUUCCUUUGGUUGCUCGUGUACAGUCGAAUGUUACAAUUGCUCUUGUACACGUGGUUCUGCUAAUUAUUCCAAUGCACGAAUCAUCGACGAAAAAGUAUCUGUACCGAUAUUCGAAUGUAAUCGUAAGUGCAAAUGCCAAUUAUAUUGCGGUAAUAGAUUGGUGCAGAAUGGUCCACUGAAUUGUUUGACUGUGCGUGAAGUCGUCAACAAAGGUCUUGGUCUCUUCACGAAUAAAACCAUCAAAAAGGGCCAAUUCAUUUGUGAAUAUGCCGGAGAAGUGAUAGGUCUGCAAGAAGCGCGAAAUCGAAUUGAAAUUAAUAAAAAGUUUAACACGAUGAAUUAUGUACUCGUAGUGCGGGAGCAUUUUGGCGACCGCGUCACCGUAACUUGUAUAGAUCCUGAGUAUUUUGGCAAUAUUGGACGCUACGCUAAUCAUAGUUGUGAUCCUAACUCUAGCCUCGUUCCGGUGAGAAUAGAAGGAAUCGUACCUCGAUUAUGCUUAUUUGCAUCUAGGGAAAUAAAGAGUGAGGAGGAAGUGACUUUUAAUUAUGCUGGUGGACUAACAGCUGAUUCCGUCCAUCAUCUCAGUGAUACUGUUUGUCUUUGUGGUUCUAAUAAUUGUUUCGGUCGCUUACCGCAUAAUAUAGUUUGACAGCAUGAGAUACGCUUUAUUAAAAUUAUUUGCGUACAAUUUUAUAAUGAUAAAGCUAGUUUAACGCUUGUAAAAUUUGUAUCGCAAAAUUUGAUCUACUAGUUAUUUGUAUAAAGUCAAAAUGGCGACGAAAAAAUUACGCGUCUUGAAACAUUCGAUAUCAUAAAUUAAAAUAAGAUCAAGUAUAUAAAUCAAAAUUUUCACAAACAGACAUGUAGUUCUAUGACUGGUUAUAUGUAAUAAAACUUUGAACAUAAAUUUUUAAAAAACAAGUUUUGACAUACAUAUGCAUAUAAACAUGUAUGUACAUACACAAAGAGAAUAUGUCUAAUUACAUUGGUCAUCAUCAUGCAUCUCAGUCGCUUCCUCUAUGUACUAAUUGAUACUUCUCUUCAAUAAAUCAAUGCUAUCAAUUCCUAAUAUAUAGAAUGUCACGUAUAUAAGCGAGAUAUCCUAUGUAUUUUCACAUUGUGACUUUAAGCUUCAAUGAAAUUUGACGUUUAAGUAGCUUGUGCUAUUUAUUAUUUUAUAUUUUACUAUGUAUAGGAUUUUAUUACUUAUAUAUAUAUAUAAUAUAUCUCGGAUCAGUUCUAUCAUAUAUACUUUAUCUUUAAUUAAAGUAUAUAGAGUAUAUAUAUAAGGUAUGAACCAGCACGUUGGUAGUAUUGUUUUUUCGUUAUGUCAGUAUAUAUAAAUUAUUUAAUGUGCCAACAGAGAAAAUAUCAUAUACCAUUUUCCUAAAAACAGUAUUUAGCUAAAAGUACCUGGGAAACAAGUUUUAUAGUCAAAAUAGUAUUUGUCCUGCUUGGUAUUUGACUUUAUUACACAUAACGAAAUAUAAAGUAAGUGGUAAUUAAUGCAACCAACGUGGUGUUCAGUUUUCAAGAAAGUAGACAUUACCAAAAGUUGCCAAUUAUUGGUAUACAUUCAAUAAUUGCUUCUUAUUGAAACGACAAACGACAAACAGCGAAUCAAAUAUCUCUUCAAUUAUAGAACUAAAAUUAAUAUACGAAAUAUUAUUACGAUAUUCAUAUCAGUCAUACUAUAAGAGUUUUAAUCAUAUGUAUGUAUACACAUAUUAUAUGCAUAUUAAGUAUAGGAUAUAUUUGAAUUAUGUAACAUCGAGUCAUUGAAACUUAAUAUUUUCCAAUUGUUAAAAAGGAUCAAUGAAAUACACACAAAUACGGUAUAUUAAUACUAAUAUAUAAAAAUAAAAUAGCAUAAAUUGGGUUAUGAAUAAUCCGUUUAAAUUUUAUAGGAAACAUAUAUUGUAUAAAUAUAUACAUAUAUAUAUAUAUAUUUUUUUCUUUUUUGUAAUUGUGUGAAUACUUUAACUAAGAGAUUGGUAGAUGCUUAUUUAUGCUAUACCAGCGAUGAAUAUAGCUCCCAAUAACUGCCUUUGAAACAUAUAAACAGUGAUUUGUAAUAUAAUAGAAUUAAUUUAAACAAUCCAAUAUUCAAUGUUACAUAUUCAUUAAAAAAUUCAGAAUAUCUUAUGUAUAAUCAUAUGUUGUAUAUUACAUUUAGGAAAUCUUAUACAUCACUUGUAACAUUUGAGGAUAUUAGACAUAUGCUUAUAUCAAAUAGUAAAUGGUUGAAUAUUCGUAGAUGAAAUAUGGCUUGCUAUGUCUGUAUAUGAACCUGCCAGGAUAAAUGCUUCUGAAGUCAGUUAUGUUUAUUGCGAAACUAGCAUUAGAUGUUAUGCUUACAUGCAAAUCUCGGCGUUUUUAAUUUAAGACCAGGUUGAUUUUUUUUAAUUUAUCGAGAUAUAAAUUCUGUAUGAAGUAAUUAUUUAUUUCCAUAAUUAAUUGAUGAAAUUUGAAUCUCGACGCUGUCAUCGAUGAAUUUACAUAAGAUUUAUCAUGUAAUAUGUACAAAGUCAAAUUAAUCUAAUCUAUAUUAAAAAUCUGUAAAUUAUGCGAAUUGGAAGGAAGAUAAAUAGUUAUAUGUUGACAAUAAAAUGAUGUAUACUUUACGACAUAA